GCAGCUCUUCUCAUGUUGCUCACCACCUAACCGGCACGGUACUGCUACACCAUGGCUCUUAAGCUGGCCGUGUUUGUCUUUGCAUCUCUACUCGUCAUCACCACCAGAGUCUCGUCCGACGCAAAGGACGCGUUCAUGGAGGCGGGCUAUGCCAAGGCUCCUGUGGUCGCUCCUGUUCCGGCUCCUCCUGCACCUCGCAUCAUCAAGGACACCAAAGAGUGCGGCGACGCUUGCAAGGACCGGUGCAAGCUGCACUCGCGGCAGAACGUGUGCUCUCGAGCUUGCAUCACCUGCUGCAGCGUCUGCAAGUGCGUGCCGCCGGGGACCUAUGGCCACACGGAGUUGUGCGGCAAGUGCUACACCGACUGGAAGACGCACGGGAACCGGACCAAGUGCCCCUGAGCGCCGCCACCGUCUGCUGCAGCUCCGCCUUUCUUUCCGCGACCAAGAAGCUAGAAGAUCACUCUGUUCUUUUGGCUCUGUUUUGAUCGAGACACGAGUGUUCGUCUCAUGUUUUCGUUGGCCUGGAGGAGAAUAAAUCGUGUUGUGUUCAUGCUCUA